CGCGAGACUCGAAGUCGAUUUUCCCUCCCUCCCGCGCGUACGACUCUUCCUCACGUUUUGUGCUUGUUUUUUUUGAGUACUAUUCGUCGGCAUCACUGACCAGCGAACUCGACUACCUUUCAAUGAUAUUACACAUCGAGAUGACAAUACGUGGAUAAAUACGGAACACGAACGUGCACUGUGAACGGAACGGAACUCCCUCACGCGCGCAACUUCGCGUUCGCUGUCAUCAAAUUCUACGCGUCGCGAGCUCGCGGCGUGUUGCGUCCUUCCCCGCGACUCCCCGCCGCUUGAAGCGAAUUUAAAUCUCGUCGUUAUCACGAAAUUUUACACGAUGACGGAUGAUGGGACGAUCGACAAGGAAAAACACAUGAAACAGCUGAAGCGUAAAAUGGAAUGUUGGCGGGAGAUAAUAUUACCUUUGAAUUCAGUCCUGCUCUGGGAGCGCAGCUGGCAUCCUGGACUGAUCGUUGGAUUUAUAACAGUGAUAUUUUGCACGAUAUGGAUUCUAGAGCCAACCAUGCUGACGAUGAUAUCCAUGUGUCUCCUGACAUUUGCUCUGGUUGAUUAUCUUGUGCCAAUUUUGACCUCAGUCUUGUGCAAUACGCAGAGCUGGACGGGACAAAAGGAGAAGAAGCUGAUCGAGAUCUGUCAAAACCUCUCCGCCGCUAUUCUGCAGAUGCAAAGCACAUGGAACUCCAUCUCGAAGAUGCGACACGAUCGCCCCAAUAUCUACUACAGUACAACAAUCCUCUGCCUCAUUCUCUUUGCCUGGAUCGGUAACACGAUCAACAACCUGCUCCUGCUUUACAUCACAGUGACCGUAAUCUUGCUCGCUCCAGGAUUGAAGCACAAGGGACGAGCGCGUAGCGCCGUGAGAUACGCGUACGAUCACUUAAUUCGUCGUCACUUGUCAUAAUCGUAAUCGUUUUCUAUGUACCCCCCACGCCCACCGAGAUUCUUCAUUUUACGUAUUACGCGCCUCUCCAGUCUCAUCUAUUCGUGACGUACCACGAAACCAUAUGACGUUUACAUGUGUGUCUCGCAAAUGCCAGUCCCAUUUUAUGGAUAACCAAAGCUCUCUCCGCUUCUAACGAGAUAAUUAGCGUAUAAUGUAGAAUUCGCUAUUGUAAGUUACACAUUUUAUUAUUUUAUGCGAUAUUAGUCUAGAGGUUUACUUCCCAAUAUCUCGCAUAACAAUAAUAAUAAUAAUACUCAUAAUCAUAAGUCUACCAUAAUGUUUCUUCGCUGUAUUAAUUAUAUGAAGAGUACGUUUUGUCUCUCGCCAAUUUUAGCUUAUAAUAAAUUGUUCCAUUCAG